CACUUCCUGUUCGUACUGUACUGUUUUUCUCCUCACCUUCAUGCAAGAUGUAGGCCUUGUUGUUACAUCAUGAUCAUUUUCCUGUGAUAUAGAUGCAAAACAUUAUCAUGAUUAUGUACUGAGAACGAAGUGAACUAGGGUAGACGAGAUUCAAAAUGGAGGAAUACAUGUCCAUGUGCUAAUAUUCGAAUCAACGCCAUUGGUACCAAACUUUUCAAGUUCCAUAGGACAAAAACAACCCGAAGUUAGCUUGCGGAUGGAGCUGUAUCAAAGCAUCCUAAUUUUGGACAUUUAAUACGCCUAUAUAUUGAACGCAGGAAAUAUAACACAAUUGAUGUAAACACUACAUUGUGACGUCAUAUUCAGUGUCAUUAUUUAGCAAAUUUAAAAACAAAGCGUUUGAACCACAACAAAAAACAUGGCGUUAAUCGUGGAGUGAUUAUAUAUGAUUAAGAAAAGAAGAUUUACAUGCUUUUACGGAUUUUAUGUGUAACAUCUCAGAACGACGUGAACUAGGGUAGACAAGAUUCAAAAUGGAGGAAUACAUGUCCAUGCGCUAAUAUUCGAAUCGACGCCAUUGGUACCAAACUUUUCAAGUUCCAUAGACUGAUCAGAAGUCUUCAGAUCGGUGGAGAUCAGCGCAGUUAAACAUGCUGAGGAUCUUGUUUGGUGCCUAUUGUGCUGGAUGUGGAACUCUGCUCUUUGCUAACAGGGUGGCAUGGACCAUGGAUCUUACAGGAGAUUCUAUGCAUCCAACAAUUCAUUCCAGUGAUAAAGCAUUGAUUGAAUACAUCAGUGUUUCCAACCACAGAUUGCAGAAAGGUGACAUAGUUAUUUCCAAAAGCCCUUACCGACCCAGCAGUCUGAUUUGUAAAAGACUAGUAGGCAUGGAGCAUGAUAAAAUCAUAAAAGAAGAUGGGAAAAUCGUUAAGGUACCUAAAGGGCAUGUGUGGCUAGAGGGAGAUAAUAAAGCUGAAUCUGAAGACUCCAGAGAUUAUGGUCCAGUUCCAUAUGGGUUGUUGGAGUCUAGAAUAUUCUUCAGGGUACGUAGAAUUUUACUACCAUAUGGGUUGUUGGAGUCUAGAAUAUUCUUCAGGGUACGUAGAAUUUUACUACCAUAUGGAAUGUUUAAAUUGAUGUUCAGCUGUAUAAUAUCCAAUCUCUGGAAAGAACUAGCAAAUUAAGAAAAUGUCUUUUAUGUAUGGUAGUGGUUAAAGAAACAUAAAUUAUCAGUACCUGCUAUUUAUUUAUUUUGUAGUGGUGGCCACUGAAUCGAAUGGGAUAUUUGGAUUUCCCCGGGUUAAACACAAACUAAGAUGAGGAGUACACCUGUGAUUUUUUUACAUGUUCACUUCUUCAUUUGUACAAAUUAAAGGAAACGGGGUAAAAUAAAAAAUUUAAAAAAUGAA